AUGCCUUCGCUGUUGUCGCUGCAGCACCGCGCGGAUGCCGUGCUGCAUCAACAACUACGGAUGGUCGAAGAACAUCAAAAACAACAUCAGCGGGAGCAGCAGCAACGGUUUGGACGGAGGGGGAACGGUAUGGCGACGCCUGGGCAGUCGCCCAUCCAGCAGGGACACGGGUGCCAAUCCCCCUUAGCGGAGAUCAGCGUGGACACCGUUCCACUGAACGGGCAUGGUGCAAUGGAUGCGGACGACGACAUCCAGAGUCUCAUCCGUGACGCGUUCUCGCUCGCUGCGAGCCAUAAUCCGCUCAAGAGAGAGGCUGUUUUGUCGUCCUAUUUAUCUGACACUGACAACAUUUACUUGUGCGCUAUGAACACCGCGUAUCGCUUGUACGGGGAACACAAUGGCUGGGUUGAAGAGGAGGAGGAUGAGGAAUAUCCCGUAGGGCCUAGUCGCUGCGUCAGUGUGCCAAACGAAGUGGAUCGUGACUUUGCUUUUGGGUCUUCUCCCAUUUCUGACCAAAGUGUUGCGGCGACAACACAUCACGAUCUUGAGGGGCUGCUUCUUGGGACGCCGUCAAGGACACUUCCACGCCGUUCCGCUGGGGUUGAGGAAGCGCUGGCUAAUCAAGCAUUACAAACUACUUCGGGACUUUCUCCCAGUGCACGGCGAUUGUUUGACGCGCAUGAGAGCGCCGCUAGGAAGCGGGGGAUUGACAGAGGGCGGUGGGCUGGCAAUAGGUCCCCGUAG